AUGAUGACGAGACUAACGUCAUACGUUCUGCUCUGGUCUGGACCUCCGUGGAGCUUAACUGUUUCACAAUGCAAAGUUUGCCACGUUGCGACAACCUCUAGGUAUGCGCAACAGGCCUUCGGGUCAACUCCGAACACCAGCUGAAGUCCUACCUUUUCUCACCGGUUUGCACACUCUUCUUGAAGCUGGUGAUCCAGCCUCCCACCCUAUCCAAGAGCUAAAGUAGGUGGUAUCCUGUUACCUACCCUGUUUACUCCUACAGGACAGCGUCAGCUCACUGCCUACCAGCAGAGUGAGAUGGGACGGACUUCAAAGGAUAAACGGGAUGUCUACUACCGCCUGGCCAAGGAGAAUGGCUGGCGGGCCCGGAGUGCCUUCAAGCUACUUCAACUGGAUGAGGAAUUCCAACUCUUCCAAGGUGUGAAACGAGCAGUUGACCUGUGUGCGGCCCCAGGCAGCUGGAGCCAGGUGCUGAGCCAGAAGGUUGGGGGCCAGAGUUCCGGGCAGGUGGUGGCUGUGGACUUGCAGGCUAUGGCUCCACUCGCAGGCGUGAUACAGAUACAGGGGGACAUCACUCAGCUCUCCACUGCCAAGGAGAUCAUCAAGCACUUUGAGGGCUGCCCUGCCGACCUAGUAGUGUGUGACGGGGCUCCUGAUGUCACUGGCCUCCAUGAUGUCGAUGAGUACAUGCAGGCCCAGCUUCUGCUAGCUGCUCUCAACAUUGCUACGCAUGUCUUGAAGCUAGGGGGCUGCUUUGUAGCCAAGAUAUUCCGAGGCCGGGAUGUAUCUCUUCUCUACAGUCAGCUUCAGGUCUUCUUCUCCAGUGUGCUCUGUGCCAAGCCCAAGAGCAGCCGGAACUCCAGCAUUGAGGCCUUUGCUGUUUGUCGGGGUUAUGACCCUCCUGAGGGCUUCAUUCCAGACCUGACCAGACCCCUGCUGGACCACUCGUACGACUUAGAUUUCAACCAGCUGGAUGGUCCCACCCGUAUUAUUGUGCCCUUUGUGACCUGUGGGGACCUCAGCGCCUACGAUUCGGAUCGCAGUUACCCUCUGGAUCUAGAAGAUGGCUCCGAGUACCAAUAUACCCCGCCCACACAGCCCCCCAUCUCACCCCCAUACCAGGAGGCCUGCAAGUUGAAGAAGAAUGGACAGCUGGCCAAGGAGGUCUUCCCCCAAGACUGCUCCAUCAACAGAAUAGACAAGUUGCCCCAGCCUCUGACUGUUCCUCAUUGUCUUCCUCUGCUAGCCCCCAAGGUGGAAGACAAUGAAAUGAAUUGUUCAUCUAAACACGUUAAGGAUUUGCAGUAACACUCGAAGUAAUACAACUCAGAGCUGCUGCCCGUCAGAACAACCAGAGGCUGGCUUGAGCAGUUCGCCAGCCUAGAGUGGGGAUCUGCAGCAACUCCAUGACGACAAAGAAACCGAGGAAGUCUGCGGAGCUGCAGGAGGAAUUUCUGGAGACUGUGAGCACACGCCUCUUCUUUCAGCCUCUCCUGGGGUGUCCUGAAUAGGUUCAGGAUUUCCUCCCCCCCUGCAAAGCAGGGGUUCUUACCAUGGAUAACCAUCAGGCACCUCCACCAACUUGAUGGAGGAAAGUGUCACACCUUCACUCUAGCUGAAGUUCAGCUUUAUUUAUUCCCGGUCAAUGAACAUUGGCAACCAAUCAACGGUAAAAGCCUUACCUGUGCAAGUCCCUUACUUUUUAUGGUACAGUUUACAGGCAUCUGAAAUACUGCUCGUAUUUCUCGCUGCUUUGGAUAAUAGCAGAUUUUAUAAAUCAAUCCUAUAAUUAAACAUCCCAUCUAUUACUGCAUCCUAAUUUUUCCUGAUUGGUUGGUCGGGUAUUUUUAAGACAGUAUCUUCCUAUAUAGCCUAGACUGCCCUCAAACUCAAGAUCCUCCUGCAUGUCCCCUGAGUGCUGAGACUACAGGCCUGUGCCACCAAACCUGGCUGCUGUAUCCCAGUUUUAUUUCAAUUAAAUAGACGGUGAUAACUGUA